CUAAGCGAAAGAAUAAGUGGAGGCUGGACUAGCACGUCUAGCCAGAGAAACCAUGGCUGAGAUGCUAAGGAUACGCCUUCCAGCCAGAACGCCGGCCAACGCCCAUCUCCGCCGCAAUUCUUCGUCGGCCCUGUCGGAGUUCGCCCGUCAUCAUCUCGGUAACUCGAUCCCGUUUUCCGAAGCCAUCCACAAUUGGAGCUGUCGACAGCACAAGAUGAACUGCAGAUUUAGGUUUUUUUGCCUCUUCAGUGGCAACAACAACAAAGAGGAACAAGCCAGGAAAGCAUUGGAAAAUGCUCUUGGUGGAAAGAGAGCUGAUUAUGAGAAAUGGGACAAAGAAAUUAAGAGAAGGGAGGAAGCAAAUGGAGGUGGCAAUUCCGGAGGAGGCGGUGGCUGGUUUAGAUGGUUUGGUGGUUCAGAUGGGGACCAUUUUUGGAGAGAAUCACAGCAAGCAAUCUUGACAAUUCUAGCUAUCAUUGCCGUGUAUCUGAUAGUUGCCAAAGGUGAAGUGAUGCUCGCCAUUGUUUUCAACCCAUUGUUGUUCACUUUGAGAGGAGCAAGGGACAGGGUCAGUUAUGUAAUUUCACACGCUAGAAACAAGGUAAGCCCUAAAACACCCCAGCUAGAUUCAGACACCAUGAAAUAUGAGGUGCCUUCCUCCCAUGUUUCUUCUGCUAAAGAGAGAGUAAUGAGAAAAUGGGGGCAGUGAGUGGAGCUCAACGUAGUAGAAGCAAUGAAAAAACUCCCAGAUUUUGUAGCAAAUGCUUUUGCAUAGCUUAGAACUGCGAUGUUCAAAUUGUUGCCCAGGAAAAUCUUGUGUACAAUGUGGUAUGAUCAAUGUUUAAAAUAUUCCGUUUCAUCAUAUGUCGUCUAAAUUUCUGUUUUCAGCGUGUUCGGCAUUGAUAGAGGGUAAAAUUAAAUAUAAUAUUGUACUUUAU